UCUUCUCGCAUACGCUUCCAGUUUCUCUCCCAAGCAAACACCGCUAACAGUAACAGUUUCGUUCCCAUCUCAAACCAAAGCAUAAUAAAAUAAGCGAAAAAGGAAAAGCAAAAGAUGAGAAAAAAGCUUUCAAUGCUUUUAUUCACUCAAAGCAUUCAAAGGUUCCUUCCACUGUAGAAAAGAAGAAAACAAACUCAGAAAUGGCGGUUACUGUUAGUGUCCCCAGUCAUUCCUCAACACUCUGCUUUUCUUCUACUAUAAACAAAAGUAUUGUUGCGGAGAAGAGGUUUUUGAGGCGGCAUGGGGAGUAGGGUUAAGCAGGGGAGGAGAUUGCAGAAGAUGAUGAAGUGUCUGUGUGUGAGGGAGCCGGUGAAAGGUGAGGAUGAAACGGUUCCUUCCUCGGAAUCUCUUGGAAUCAGGGAAUUUUAUUCAUCAACGGCGAGUGGGCGUUCUGGCCUCGAUGGAGAAAUUGAGAUGUUGGGGUCUGAUUCUAGUAAAAUAGACGAAACUGAAUUGUCUUUGCGUGAGAGUGGCAUCUUGGACAAUGAGGAAGCUAGUGCUCUGUUAGGAAGAGAUGAAUAUCAUAAAGGGAAUAUAGAAGCUGCUUUACGUGUUUAUGAGAAAAUAAAUAUAGGCGCUGUGACUUCCAAGAUGAAAAUUUCCCUUGCCAAAAGCAGAGAACGCCCCAAAAAGCACUCCUAUUAUUAUGCUACUCCCCCAAUGUCCAUGUACACGGCUGGAUUACUGUUGGAAGCAAUUUUCCUAAAAACUAAAUGCUUGCAGGUUCUAGGGAGGUUUAAAGAAGCUGCCCAAACUUGUAUAGUUAUUCUGGACACAGUUGAAUCUUCAUUCCCUGAAGGCUUGCCUCAAAACUUUGGCAACGAGGGUAAAUUGCAGGAGACUUUGAGUAAGGUAGUUGAGCUACUUCCAGAUUUGUGGAAACUUGCUGAUUCUCCCCGUGAUGUCAUUUUGUCUUACCGGCGUGCACUCCUACACAAAUGGAAUCUUGAUGCAAAAACCAUAGCAAGGAUUCAGAAAGAAUUUGUUGUUUUUCUUCUGUAUAGUGGAGGGGAAGCAAUCCCCUCGAAUCUUCGUUCCCAUAUGGACAACUCUUUUGUACCUAGAAAUAACUUAGAAGAGGCUAUACUCCUUCUAAUGAUUUUGCUAAGAAAAAUUACUCUAAAUAAACUUGAGUGGGAUCCAUCAAUUUUGGAUCACCUUGCAUUUGCUCUAUCUGUUUCAGGGGACUUGACAGCUUUAGCCAAUCAAUGGGAAGAAUUACUCCCUGGGACUGUCAAUCGUAGAGAAAGAUACCAGGCCUUAUCUCUUUGUUAUUAUGGAGCAGGUAAGGACUUGGUAGCAUUGAAUCUUCUUAGAAAAUUGUUGAGUAAAGAGGACCCAAAACAUGUUCCCUCUUUGUUAAUUGCUUCUAAGAUUUGUUGUGAGAACCCUGAUCUUGCAAAAGAUGGGGCAAGCUUAGCUCGCAAGGUGCUUGAGAACUUGGAUGGGAAAUGUAAUCAGUUGGAAGGUCUUUCUAGUUGCUUACUUGGUGUUUCACUUUCAACACACUCAAAAUUUUGUAUUUCUAAUUCUGAGAGGGUUGAGAAACAAACCGAGGCACUACAUUCUCUGGAAACUGCACACAAAGUGACUGGAAUGAGUAACCCCCUUGUAAUAUACAGUUUGAGUUUAGAAUAUGCAGAGCAAAGGAAGUUGGAUGCGGCACUUCAUUAUGCAAAAUGCUUUCUAAACUUGGAAGCUGGGUCUAGUGUUAAAGGGUGGUUAUUGUUAGCCCGAAUAUUAUCUGCUCAGAAACAGUUUUUAGAUGCUGAAUCUAUCCUCAAGGAGGCCUUGGAUCAGACUGGAAUAUGGGAUCAAGGAGAGUUACUACGAACAAAAGCUAAACUACAAAUAGUGCAGGGCCAGUUAAAAACUGCCAUUGAAACAUAUACUCACCUUCUUGCUAUUCUCCUAGUUCAGAGAAAGACGUUUGGUUCAAGGAAGACGCUAUAUAAGGACUACAUAGAUCAUGCUAGGAACAUGGAAAUAGAAAUAUGGCAUGAUCUUGCGUAUGUUUACAUAAGUCUGUCACGAUGGCAUGAUGCAGAGGUGUGUCUUUCGAAAUCUAAGGCCAUCAAACUAUACUCUGCUUCUAGAUGUCAUGCAAUAGGUACUAUGUACGAAGCAAAGGGGGUUCACGAAGAGGCUUUAAAAGCUUUUCGUGAUGCUUUGAAUAUAGAUCCCGGACAUGUCCCUAGCUUGAUCUCUACUGCGGUGGUCCUUAGGAGGUGCAGUAAUCGGUCAAAUCCUGCUAUCAGAAGCUUUCUGAUGGAUGCACUACGGCAUGACAGAUAUAACGCUUCUGCAUGGUAUAAUCUUGGCAUUUUCCACAAGGACGAGGGUACAAUGCUAGAAGCUGCAGAAUGUUUUGAGACAGCCAACUUUCUUGAAGAAUCGGCUCCAGUUGAACCUUUCAGAUGAUUCACUCAGCGUACAUUAUUGUUAUUCUGUCUCACUCUUUUCAUAAAUUCAUGUACCAACACUCCCUCUCACACUCUGUCAUAUUAUUCAGGUAAAAGUGAGGUGAGUUUGGUUUUAUUUUUCUAUUUGCCGCCGGUCUUGUUCACAAAUUAGUAGAAGGAUACCAUACCCAUAAAUUCUAAACAAGAGAAGAAUGCUAAAAAAAGAGUGUUGUUAGUUAAUGUGUUACCGACACUCAUUUCAUGUAUGAUUUCCAUGUCUUCCCGAGUUCAAUAAGAAAAGCAUGCUUCAUGAUUUGCUUUU